GUCCUCCUCCUCGCGGGGCUCGGCCGGCUGCCCUCCGUCCCUCCUGCCUCGCCAGCGACGGUGGGCUCUGCUGCUCCGGCUUGCUGCUCUUUCCGAGCGACCGGCGGCGGCCAGCAUGGAGCGGGCCGCGCUCUUCGGAAACGGCCGCGAGUCGCAGAUGGCUGCGGGGGACGUGGGCGAACUCUUGGUCCCUUACAUGCCCACCAUCCGGGUGCCCAAGACCGGCGACCGCGUCUACAAGACCGAGUGUGCCUUCUCCUACGAUUCGCCCGCUUCCGAAGGAGGACUGUAUGUGUGCAUGAACACUUUCCUGGGAUUUGGAAGAGAACACGUGGAAAGGCAUUAUCGGAAGACAGGCCAGUGCGUGUACAUGCAUUUGAAACGGCACGUAAAAGAGAAGGUAACAGGGGCAUCUGGUGGAGCUUUACCAAAAAGGAGAAACACCAAGCUAUUUUUAGAUCUAGAAUCCAAUGGUGAUUUAAACAAUGAUGAAUAUGAAUAUGAGGAUGAAGCUAAACUUGUCAUAUUUCCAGACCACUAUGAAAUUCCUUUGCCUAACAUAGAAGAGUUACCAGCUCUGGUUACAAUAGCUUGCGAUGCAGUCCUCAGUUCAAAAUCUCCUUAUAGAAAGCAAGACCCAGAUUCAUGGGAAGAGGAGCUGCAAGUCUCCAAACAUGCCAACACUCUUGUACAGAUGGACAAUGGAGUUAGGAUUCCGCCAAGUGGCUGGAAAUGUGCAAAAUGCGACCUACGGGAAAAUCUUUGGCUGAAUCUUACAGAUGGGUCAAUAUUGUGUGGAAAGUGGUUCUUUUAUGGCAAUGGAGGAAAUGGACAUGCACUGGAGCACUACAAAGAGAUGGGUUAUCCCUUAGCAGUGAAGCUUGGAACAAUUACUCCUGAUGGUGCAGAUGUCUAUUCCUUUGAUGAAGAGGAGGCGGUUUUGGACCCACACAUAGCCAAACAUUUAGCACAUUUUGGAAUUGAUAUGCUCCAAAUGCAUGUUACAGAGAAUGGCCUUAGAGAUAAUGAUAUCAAACCCAGAAUCUCUGAAUGGGAAGUGAUCCAGGAAUCUGGCGUGAAGCUAAAGCCAAUGUAUGGUCCAGGAUACACUGGCAUGAAAAACUUGGGCAACAGCUGCUACGUCAACACCGUCAUGCAGGCCAUUUUCAGCAUCCCUGAAUUUCAGCGAGCGUAUGUGGGAAGCCUUCCAAGAAUAUUUGACUACUCCCCUCUGGACCCAACACAAGAUUUCAAUACGCAAAUGGCUAAAUUGGGACAUGGUCUCCUUUCAGGCCAAUAUUCUAAACCGCCAACGAAAUCUGAGCUCAUUGAACAGGUGAUGAAAGAAGAACACAAGCCUCAGCACAACGGCAUUUCUCCUCGCAUGUUCAAAGCUUUUGUAAGCAAAGGGCACCCCGAAUUCUCCUCAAAUCGGCAGCAAGAUGCACAGGAAUUCUUCCUGCACCUUAUAAAUCUAAUAGAGAGGAACCGCAUUGGUUCAGAAAACCCCAGCGAUGUGUUUCGGUUCUUGGUGGAAGAACGUACACAGUGUUGUCAGUCCAGGAAAGUCCGAUACACUGAGAGGGUGGACUAUCUCAUGCAGUUGCCUGUGGCGAUGGAAGCUGCAACAAACAAAGAUGAAUUGAUCGCUUAUGAACUGAAGAGGAGAGAAGCAGAAGCUGCAAGGAGGCCUCCACCAGAGCUUGUACGCGCUAGGAUCCCUUUUAGUGCCUGUCUACAGGCAUUUACUGAACCAGAGAAUGUGCAAGACUUCUGGAGCAGUGCCCUUCAGGCCAAGUCUGCUGGAGUUAAAACCUCUCGCUUCGCUUCAUUUCCUGAGUACCUGGUAGUACAGAUAAAGAAGUUCACUUUUGGCCUGGACUGGAUACCUAAAAAGCUUGAUGUUUCUAUAGACAUGCCAGAUCUUCUAGACAUCAGUUACCUCCGUGCUACAGGCCUUCAACCAGGAGAGGAGGAACUUCCAGACAUCUCUCCGCCCAUUGUCAUUCCUGAUGACCCCAAAGGUGGCAUGAUGAACCAUUUCAUGGAGCCUCCAGAUAUUGAUGAAUCCUCAGUGAUGCAGCUAGCCGAGAUGGGUUUUCCACUAGAAGCGUGUCGGAAGGCUGUCUACUAUACUGGCAACAUGGGUCCUGAGGUGGCUUUCAACUGGAUCAUUGCUCACAUGGAAGAACCAGAUUUUGCGGAGCCUUUAGCCAUCCCUGGUUAUGGAGGAGAGGCUUUUCCUGGGGCAGGUGGACCAGGAGUUGCUGGUUUGGAUAACCAGCCUCCAGAAGAGAUGGUUGCCAUCAUUGCCUCUAUGGGCUUCCAGCGGAAUGUAGCUCUCCAGGCACUACGGGCAACAAAUAAUAACCUGGAACAUGCAUUAGACUGGAUCAUCAGUCACCCAGAGCCAGAGGAGGAGAUUGAAACAGUGUCUGAAACAAUGAACACAGAGAACCAUGUGAACGCCAAUAUCCUUGCAGAAUCUGAUCCAGAAGGACCCAGGAUCAAAGAUGGCUCUGGGCGAUAUGAACUCUUUGGGUUUGUCAGUCACAUGGGAACAUCUACAAUGAGCGGCCAUUAUGUUUGUCAUCUCAAAAAGGAGGGAAGGUGGGUGAUCUACAAUGACCUCAAAGUCUGUGCCUCUGAGCGACCGCCCAGAGAGCUAGGGUAUAUUUACUUUUACCGCAGGAUACCGAGUUAGGCCUUAGUAACCUCCCUUGGCCUUCAAAAGCCAUAAGCCUUUUUAUUCUGCCAAAGAGAAAAAAAGUUUCAAACAAGCAAAGCCUUUGGACUACCAAAAAAAAAAAGGAAAAAGGAAAACAUUUAGGUACUAUUUAUAGCUUAAAAUCAGGAUCAGUCAUUUGAUGCCUUCUUACACCUUAGUGAAGAAAUUUCUGUUGGGUCACAGUGCAUUGUAGGAUUUUAAAAUUUGUAUACAUUUUGUGGAGACCUUAAGACUGUUCUGAUCACUAGUGGAGUGUGCAACAAGCACCCAGAAACACAAGGCUGGUCUCAGACUUUCAGAAA